GGAAUGUUACCAUUCGGCAGUUCUACGACAUCACUCCCACCAAAAGAAGUAACGUCCGCCUUAAUGAUGAACUUAUUCCCAAACCGACUGAAAUCAACCUUGCAGAGAGGAUGAUCCAGGUUCCCAUUCCAAAGGAACAUCCGUAUCAGUCCCACAUCUCUCGCUUUGCCUUGUUUCCGACCUUCCACUCUCCAGACGACCCAGACACGGGCGUACGAGCUGCUUCCAGACAACCCCUCAACCCCCUCAUACCGUCUAGUGCUCCAGAAGUCACGGUGCUGAGCAAAACUAAAGGUGGUCCAUACCGUAAUGAAGUGUUGGCGGUGCCCAUGACGGCCAGGAAGAAAGCCAUGGCCUGGCCUGGGCAACAUGGCUUCUUGGAUCACACCAAGCCAGUGACGGAUGAGAGUCAGACGUUCUACCCCAAGCCCCUAAAGACAGUCCUCCCCAACUCCAUCCUGCGAGACAUGGACCUGACUUUGUCAGAACGGACAGCCAACAUCCUCCAUAAUGUAGAGAAGUCAUACUGGAUCACCUCCUACCAGAUGAACUUCACAGGGUCAGGACCCGCAAAUCCCUUAAGGAUGGAUGACUUCCAUGAAAAAAACAUUGAAAUGAUAUCUGGCAACUUGACUCCAUACAGUGCUCAGCUGAGAGAACGAUCCCAUCCAGUCAUGUUGCCCACCAUGCCAAGAGACGGCCGUGAGGCUAGAGUGAGGCAAGGACGCCGUGCUUUGAAAAGCACCUACUGCCCUCCUGCCCUCACCCUUGCCGAACCCCUGAAUUCUAACCAUAUUUCCACCCAGAACGAAGAGCCUCUGGGAGCCCGGUCACAACAUCCAGACCCCAGUGGGAAGAAUGGCAUUGCAGAGGAGAUGAACGGUAGACACCCAGCCCUCAGCCCUGUUAGACCUGGGCAGGCAGACAGGUCUGGGAUCAGGCCCAAGCAUCUCCACGAGGCAGGACUGUGGUGUGAGACUUGUGGGGAAGAGAAAUGUGUCUGUCAGGGCAGGGAGCCUCACGUGCGCAGGUCCGGUCCACAGAGCAGCCGGGCCACCAGAGCCUCCCUGGGAGCGGUGGAGAAGAUUACAGACACAGAACGCUCUCUGGCAUUGUACAGCCGACAGCUGCCACGCUUCGUUCCUGAGAUAGAGGGUGCCAUAGUUGACACCCGUGAGGUGACUCGUUAUGAAGAUGUUCCUCCAAGCAGGAAUCACAAUUAUACACUGGGGGGCAACCCGUUCAGCCUGAGUGACCCAAUGUUAGAUACCGACAGAAAGGUAGUGACAUUUGAUAGUGAGGGUUCUUCAAAGCAAGUUGUAACAAACAACUGGCAAGAUAGAGAGUUCCCACGCAGCAUCUCCAACCCUUGCAUCCAACCACGACCGCCUGCUCUGGCCUCUGCUCAGCUGGUGAGGAAGACUGGACGAGUGCCCCUGGGCCGCUCCCAUUCAUCCCUGCUGGAGCUCCAGGACUCAUUCAGCAAGACAGAGGUCCACCAGCGGCUCCACAGCACCCUCCAGGGGGCCACGGCGGACCUGCGCCUAAACACCUCCACUGGAAGGAAACACCAGUUCUAUGAUCUUAAUUGCUACUAUUUUAAUAAUAACUGA